AUGCCGUCAUUGGUUUUUGCGGCAUUUUAUAAGGCUUUCAGCGUGCCAGACUUCAGCCCACCGCACCCUGGUAGCAAUGUAGCACCCGGACAUCGACUGAAUGAUCUCGACUAUGCCGAUGAUAUCGCCUUACGUGCUUCAAGUUUUGGUGAUCUGCAGUCUAUGGUGUCGCGGGUGAACGAGGUCGCUCAAUCAGUCGGUUUGUCCAUAAACGCUGGGAAGACCAAAGUAUUCUCAAGCUGCAUCCCUGACCAGGAGAAGGCACCCCUGGGGAUUGAUGCUUGUCAACUUGAAGAAGUGGACAGUUUUAAAUACCUCGGGGCGAGGCUGCUGCCUAAUGGACAGAGUAAGGACGACAUUGUCUCCCGAAUCGAUGCUGCCCGCUGGGUUGUUUCAAGCCUUCGGAAAUGCCUGUGGAACCGACGUAACCUCUCCAUCGCCACUAAGAUGCGCGUGUAG